GCCGGCGGCCGAGACCCUGCACGAAGAUGCAGAGUUCGGGUGCCUGCGCUGCGAGAGGUUUGAAUUGAUGGGGCGGUGUUGUGCGUACACAUUUAUCGAUGCCCCUAAUUAGACAAUGAUGCAAAAGAAUUGAGCGAAUUGCGGUCAGCUUUUUGAAACAGCCCGGCGCAAGUCGAGCACCUGGUGGGGGGUGCAGAUUGCGAGCAACAUUUGCCUCGUGAGAUAACGCGUACAACAUCUCCCAUAGCACAGAUAAAGAAAAGUAUUUAUUAUCUAUACAUGUUUAAACUCGAGUCGAAAUAUAGGCCUAAAUCAGUCUAGCGGUUUGGAGCAUUGCUUUUCCAGGGUAAAUGAACAGGUGUAACAGUUAACUCUUUUUGAGUUCGGUGCAUACCAGGUCGAAUGUUGAAAGGCUAGCGUAUUUUUUCACGACGAGCAGAGGCGUACACGUGCGAUUUAAGACUGCGCUUGUAUAUUGAAGAUAGAUGCGCCUCACGCGUGUAUUUCGUGUUAUCGAAUAGCAAGAACUUGGAUAGAGUGGAAGACGGUUUUAUGUCGCAAACUGCUGGUCGAAUCAGCCACCGAGAAGCGUUCAAGCAGAUCAGGCAUUACAGUAUCAUAAAGACGUUGGGAAAAGGGCAAUUUGGAUACGUCAAGCUGGCUGUUCACCUGUUAACAGGGAUAAAAGUGGCUAUCAAAUUUAUUGUAAAAAGGAGGUUGGACGAUGAGUCCUUGCUCAAGGUGAAGAGAGAGGUCGAAAUUAUGAAGUUGCUGAAUCACCCCAACGUUAUAAGGCUGUAUGAGGUUAUAGAAACGGACACCUGUUUUUUUCUGAUCAUGGAGUACGCUACGGGAGGAGAGGUGAUGGAUUUUCUAGUGACUCAUGGAAGACUGAAAGAGAAGGAUGCACGCCGGUUGUUCAGGCAAGUCGUUUCCGCGGUCGAUUAUUGCCAUAGGCUGCACGUGAUACACCGGGACUUGAAGGCGGAGAAUUUGCUGCUCGAUAAAGAUCUGAGAGUCAAGUUGAUUGAUUUUGGCCUGUCAAACUUUUUUGUACCGGGAGAGCUUCGAAACACAUUUUGCGGGUCUUUGACGUACACGGCGCCUGAGUUGAUCAAGAGACAGAUGUACGAAGGCCGGAAGGUGGACGUGUGGUCUCUGGGCAUUCUUCUCUAUGUCCUGGUGUGUGGUGCGUUGCCUUUCAACGGGGACAACUUCAGGGAGCUGCUAACGAAAAUCGUCGUAGGCAAGUACCAAGUGCCGAGUUACGUGUCUGCCGAGUGCCGGGACCUGUUGGGGAUUAUGCUCGUUGUGGACCCGGAGGAGCGCGCGACGCUGGACGAGGUCCGCGUUGAUCCGUGGUUGCGGAGCGAAGAGGGGAGAGCAGUACCGAAGUCGGUGGUCGUCGAUAACAAGGCGAAAUUACCGAAGCAAAUAAACAAAAUAGUUCUGCAGGAACUCGUGCGUAUGCAGCUCGAUAGAGAGCAGCUGGUAUCGGCUAUAAUAGAGGACCCGUAUGGCAGGCUGGCUGCGUCGUACUAUUUGCUACUUGAUGAGUACAAAUCUAGGAAAAGGGAGCGCCGCGUACCGAUUCAGAACGUCGAUAGGAGGAGAGGUUUGAAGACAGUUGGCGCCAGAGACUUUUCUUCGCGUCUGAACGGGCUGGAGGAGUCUGGCUUGGGCGAAGAGGGAAACAGGCAUUUGAGGAAUGACGUGAUAGACGGCCACUACAAGAAGAGGCUGAACGACAACGGGUUUCAAGAGUCCAGACAAUUACACGAAGAAUUGAAGAAGAAGGAUGUAUUUCGCGUAAAGGGCGGUCCUUUGCCGGACGGGCGCGGAGGAGCGUCGAAGGCCGAAGAGGGGUCCACUCCCGCUCUGAGCGGCCAGGAGAGGACGCAAAAAGCCGCGAUGUGUCGCCUUGCCAGGUCUCGGAGUGUCGUCAAUAGGAUGGUGAGUGAGCAAAAGGCGGAGCUCCAGGGCGCGGACUCGAAAGAGCCACAGAGAGAAGAGGCGAAUUUGGACGCUCGGCGCUCGACUCGCCAGGCCGCGGGCCUGGAGGAUGCCAUUAUUCUGCCGUUAGAAAUCGCAGACAAAAAAAUUUUUAAGGAGGCAGAAAACAAGCAGAACAGAAAGUCGAAUGUGCCGUCUCAGGACAUUUCACAGCUGCCCUCAGAUGGUCGCAAGCAGAAGCCUUUGGACGAGGGGCCGAGCAGGGUCGCCAGAGGGUUAGGUGAAGGCGAAGCGAAUCGCCAGCCUCUGAAGGCAAAGAAUCACCAGCGCAAUCAGAAGUACAAUACGAUAUGUAGCCACUAUCGAUCGUCGUUCGAAGACUUGAACAUCAUUGACAUACCUGCUUCCGGAGAUGCGGGUUUGGUCGAAACGAACAUCCUGGAGUCUAAGCUUGGGCCGUCGGAGCGAGGCGGAUCUCCGCUGCACGAGGACCUAGAGAACAAACUAGUCGUCUUGAUGUCGCAAGAAGAAGGUUCUCCUGCGUUGGACCACACUCCUCACCACAGCGUGUCAAAGAAGAAUCAAAGAAAACCUUGCAAACGGCUUCAACAACGCAUUUUCAGAAAGGUCAAGAAUCUGUUUAAACUGCCCUCGUCCAAGCCGAAGUCGCUCAAAUACGAAGCAAAGCCGCCUGUGGGUCGAUUCCCCAUCAACAGCCAAAACGUGCGCGCGGAUCAGCCGGAGCAGGUCCUGCACUACAUUCAGCAGGCGUUGAGCAACUUCUGUUUCCAGAAGGUCUACAAGAUACGGCCGUUCUGCAUGAGAGUAGAAACGAAGGCCGGCGUGGCGUUCGAAGUCGAAGUGUGUCAACUACCGAACCUGUACAUAAGCGGUAUACGGUUCCGAAGAAUAUACGGCGACGUCUGGCAGUACGCGGAUGUCUGCCACCAAAUAUUGCACGUAUUGAAUCAAGAACAAGGCGCCGACCGAGAAAAGCGGUCGAAAUUUUGAAACGGUGACAGAACGUGUACGACACGAAGUAUGGGAGACUUGUACGGCGAGAAGCACUCAGACGCAGCGAGCUCCGCGCAGCGUGAGUCGCCCGGUUCAAGAAGGAGACACGCGUCCGGAAAACGGAGCGGGACCUAACUCGCACGAACCUGUGGGGGAGAGCGCGACGCAGGACGCUCUCAACUGGUCCGAAGCACGAAAAAGCGCGCCCUCUGCGGUCUUGCGCAAAAAAAAAAAAAAAAGAACGACGUCAACGACGACUAAAUUAUACACACAAUUUGUCCCGGUGCACAUUUGUUUUGUCGCUCGCUGGGUUGAGCACCUCUCUUGCGACCGCGCCAGUCCGAGAGAGGACUCUCGGCCCGCGCGGGGGAAGGACGCGCGCCUCACUGGAAGCGACGCGGCGCAAUUUGUACCGUUGGCGUUGAGAUGUGUAAAUAAAUGCGAUUUUUUUUUUUGAGGGGUUGAGGAAUCUUAAAAAAAAAAAAAAGUCAAAAACUUUAGGCUGAAAAUCGCUGUCUAAUAGUUUAUUGCCAGUUAUAGCUGUUUCUCGGGGCCAUAGGAAGAAGUGAAGAUGCCGUCGCACAAGAGCCUAAAGAUCAAACUUAAGCUGGCAAAAAAACUGCGCCAGAAUAGACCACUCCCGCAUUGGGUUCGUUUGAAGACGCAUAACAGAGUAAGGUACAACAACAAGCGUCGUAACUGGCGUCGUACCAAGCUCUGUUUCUAAAGAAUCGCAUGGUUAUCUGUUGGUCAAUGUUCUGGCGCCUGCGCACGAUUUUCGCUCUCGUUUUUUUGCUUAAAUUGCAAUUUGGAAAAAUUAUGCAAGAAAACUAAACCUUUUCAGCAGUCAA